AUGUCAGAAAGACUCAGCUAUCAAAUCUAAUCAAAUUAGAAUCAGUCAUAGAGAUUACAAGAAUAUGGGGGAGCUAAUUAAACUAUCAGAAAACCCAAUCCUACAAUACAAAUGAAUUCCUACAGAUUAGUUAACAAUUAGAUCUCUCAUUCUUAAAUAACAAAUCAAAGUCAAAUUCAAAAUAUCAAUCACAAUCAUUAGCUCUCAUAGAGUGCCAUUCUCUAAUCUAGUAAUAACAAUCAAUAAAAUAUCCUUAUAUACAAUCAAGGUAUGCAAGGCAAUUUCGGCCAUAGUAAUAAUAUCAAGACAGUCAGAUAGGCUCCUCAUUCCACUCCAAACAUCAAGAUAAUAUAGCCAAGAGGGAGUUAGUAGCAAUAAAAGUAAGAGGCAUGGGUACAAUAUACCUAGAACACGGCAUUAAAUGAUCCCUAAAUUCAGCUCUAAGAUUAAGAUAUUCAGCUCUUAUCUUAGUUUGAAUCAAAUCAGAGUCCUAUAUAUGCUGCAUAUAACAUUAAGAAUGGACUUUAUAUAAGACCAAACAGCCCAAAUAACAGUGCUAAUCACAAUAGUGUCCAAAUGAACUUACCAUAAAAUACUAGAAAUCAGAGCAGAAAUUAUCAUAUCCAGCUUAACAAUUAGAGCAAAUUGAAUAAUACAGCUGCUUCAAACAUGCAUAUAGAGGAAGAGAAGAAUGAAAAUAAUGACUCGCCAAUAGAAAACUUUCUUGAAUAUAGAUUCAGAAACUUCAACAUAAUAAACCCUGUACCUACUGAAGAAGACUAAGACUAUGAAGUAAUAGAAAUAACUUUGCCUCAAUCUCAGAAUAACAACACUAAUUCUCAGAGUGUAAAUUUGCUAGGAUAACAAAGAUUAGUACCACCACCAACCACAAAUCUUUUUAGUCCUCCUCCAAAUAAUACUCCACCUCAGGAGAAUAUAGACCUUCUACCGCUCCCUAAUCGAUAGUCACUCCAAAUAAAUUAAAAUCAGUCAUAAUCUUAAUAAUUCUUGUACGGGGGUCAAUAAUCUUAACUUAAUUCAGCUCCUCUGUUAUCCCCAAAUCAAUCAGAUUUGUGGAAUUUAUCAUAAAAUCUCACAGCUGCGACUUCUAACACUGUAGGAUCUACAGCAAUGGACUCUACUAUAUUGAAUAUGACUCCAUCUGAAUACAUGAAUAGGCAAUAGCUAUUCCCACAUGAGCAAUAUAACUAUAAUCCUUAAAUUAUUCUUCUCCAAAGACCUCCUCCUCCAUCACCAUUAAAGACUGAAGAAAACACUGAUCAAGAGAGUGUUUAAUCUAGGAAUUAACCAUCAAUAAUUGUUUUAAAUGAUAUUGGAGACUUGCAAAAUAUUCCAUCUAGGUAAUUAAACUAUAUCCAAGCUUAGUAAAGCCAACAAUAACUACCAAUAAAUUAAAAUCUUGGCUCUCAGUCUGUAGUUUCUUCAGUUUACCAGGAAGUACUCGAAAAUUAGCAAAGAUCGAAUUAAAGUACAAUCAGAGGGCUAGAAAAGGUUAUUGAAGAGAACGAUAAGCUGAAAUAAUAAGUAAGAAUAAUGGAAAAUGAAAUCGCAAGACUAUAGCAUUUAAACACUCAAUAAUAGAGAGUUAUUUAGAAUCAUAUUUAAUCCUGCCAGAAUAUUACAGUAGUCUAGGAUUUUAGAAAUAUUUGA